AAUUCUCAUAUUCAUAUUCCAGUCUUCUUCUUCUUUUUUUUUUUGAAAAAAGAAAAAUGGCGAUGGCAAAUAUAGCAACAAGGAAGGCCAAAAACAUCUUAAACAUAUCAUCAGAUGCACUGAGGUACUGCUAUUCCUUCUCAUUAUCAUCAUCCUCUACCACUAGUUUUUCUAGAGGCUUCGCAUCCUCUUCAGGAUCUGAUGAAAACGACGUCGUCGUCAUCGGCGGCGGUCCCGGUGGUUACGUGGCGGCCAUCAAAGCCGCUCAGCUAGGGCUCAAAACUACCUGUAUUGAAAAACGUGGUGCCUUAGGUGGUACCUGCCUCAACGUUGGCUGUAUUCCUUCCAAGGCACUUCUCCAUUCUUCUCACAUGUACCAUGAGGCCAAAACUAGUUUUGCUAAGCAUGGUGUGACCUUUGAUAACGUUGAUAUCGAUGUUGCUGCCAUGAUGGGCCAAAAAAAUAAAGCCGUGUCGACUCUCACCAAAGGUAUCGAAGGCCUUUUCAAGAAAAACAAAGUGACUUAUGUCAAGGGCUACGGGAAGUUCCUCUCUCCCUCUGAAGUUUCUGUUGACACCAUUGACGGUGGCACCACCGUUGUGAAAGGCAAAAACAUCAUCAUUGCCACUGGAUCUGAUGUCAAAGGACUACCCGGGAUUACAAUUGAUGAGAAGAGGAUUGUAUCAUCAACUGGAGCUUUAGCUCUGACAGAAGUCCCCAAGAAGCUGGUUGUUAUCGGGGCAGGCUACAUAGGCUUGGAGAUGGGGUCAGUCUGGGGCCGUCUUGGCUCAGAAGUCACGGUUGUUGAAUUCGCACCCGACAUCGUCCCGUCAAUGGAUGGUGAGAUCCGCAAGCAAUUUCAAAGGUCACUCGAGAAGCAAAAGAUGAAGUUCAUGCUCAAAACAAAAGUGGUAGCAGUUGACACUUCAACCGACAUUGUGAAAUUGACCCUCGAACCAUCAGCCGGUGGUGAACAGACUAUACUUGAGGCAGAUGUUGUUCUUGUCUCUGCAGGUCGAACCCCGUUUACAUCUGGGCUCGGUUUGGAGAACAUUGGUGUAGAAACUGACAAAAUUGGCCGAAUCCCAGUAGAUGGAAGGUUUACUACAAAUGUAAAGGGUGUUUUCGCCAUCGGUGAUGUCAUUCCGGGGCCUAUGUUGGCCCACAAGGCUGAAGAAGAUGGUGUUGCAUGUGUGGAAUACAUUGCAGGCAAAGAAGGGCAUGUAGACUAUGAUAAGGUACCUGGUGUUUGUUACACACAUCCUGAGGUGGCUUCUGUGGGAAAGACAGAAGAGCAAGUGAAGCAGCUUGGGAUUGCAUACAGAGUCGGGAAGUUUCCGAUGUUGGGAAACAGUCGAGCUAAGUCAAUUGAUGACGCGGAAGGAUUAGUGAAGAUUAUAGCCGAAAAGGAGACGGAUAAGAUAAUCGGUGUUCACAUUAUGUGUUCAAAUGCGGGUGAGCUCAUCCAUGAGGCUGCUUUAGCCUUAACUUAUGGUGCAUCAAGUGAGGAUAUUGCCCGCACAUGCCACGCGCAUCCUACAUUGAGCGAGGCCGUGAAGGAGGCUGCCAUGGCUACCUAUGAUAAGGCGAUUCAUAUAUAGACCUUAAGGGAUGUCAUUUGUUUAUUCGAUUUUUGUUUCCCAUUUGAAUGUUGGAUCCAAGUUCAACAAAACACAUCAACUUGGUUUAACUGAUUUUUUAUAUGCUUAAUUGCUUAAUAAACAACUUAAGUCUCUGCUUUAA